AUGUCUUUCCAAGCCAGAGAGAGUAAUAUUGACCUGAAAACUAUUGAACAGCAGGAAGAAAAUCCCGUGCUUACCAGACUAAACAAUAUAAAAGCAAAAGGAGUUCAGAAUUAUUUAACACUCAAAGAACAUGAACACGACCCUCAAACCCUGAUAUUUAGGCACACUACAAAAGCUCAAGAGAGGACAAGAAAGCGACAGCAGCCUGUAAAACUGGAGCCUCUGCCAAUGCUAAAAACCUACCAAGAUCAUAAGCAGCCAGAAUACAUAUAUGAACAGAAUCGACAACAACUACUGCUCUCUGGAAUCCUUAAGCCACCUGUAAGCACAGAUGAAAGACCAUCAGUUUCUAGUCAACCGUCUUCAGAGGCUCUAAAAAGGAAGCAGAGCCAUAGACUCUCCGUUGAUGUGUAUUCCCCUUCUCCGUCUAAACUGCCGCGCACGGGGACUAGAAGAAGAGGGCUCUUUGAAAAGAGGUCUUCAAGUUAUCCCAAGUACACCUUCCAUGACCGAGAAGAAGUCAUUAAAGCCAACAUUAAAGAUCCCUUGCAAAUCAUCAAAAUAUUACAGGAGAAUGAACACCUUGGAUUCCUGUACAUGAUUUCAGCAGUGCCCAAGUCUUCCAUUGAAUAUGACACAUAUAAUCUAAAGAUUGUAAAUUAUGAGAACAUUAAUAAAAACGACUACUACACAAUUAGCAGAAACGCAGUGACCCACAUUUGCAACAAUGAGAUCGAAUACAUCGAGAUUGCACGGUGGGAAAAGGAGUAUCUGUACCACGAAAAGCUCACGAAGAUCCCCAUCUUCUCGCUCUUCCGGAAGUGGAAGGCUUUCAGCGUGUGGAGGAAGAACGUCCGCUCCAAGAAAAUCACCGGCUGCCGGAAAGCGCUGCAAAAGAAUCUCUUCAUUGUCAAUCCUUUUCUGCGACCAGCUCUUCUUAAAAUUAAGGAAAUGUGCUAUCAACUGAGUUUUAUGGGGCUUUUUUAUAUUGAAAAAUUUCACACCUACACCCUGCAGGAGUUCAAGGCUGCGCAGGUUGUGCGACUACAGGAGGUGACAGAGCGCCUGGAAGAUUUCCGAAGUGAGGCAAAAGACGUGGUCAGGAAGUCUUGUCGCUUUGCCUUACGUGCGGCGGGGUUUAUUCCCGAUGACUGUAUUGAGCAAUUUGAGGAUUACUUUAAGUUAAACAGUGCAAGUUUUGUUGGCGCUCCGUUUGAUUUGCCCGCGUACGGAGAAUCUGAUAAAAUGACAUACACAGAGCAAGCCAGCAAAAGGCAUCACUGCUUCAGGCUCACCUGCUUCAUCCGUCUGAAUGACUACCUAAUUCAGAGCACACUGCACGUCCUAACGGUAAACACUGCCAGCCAGCUUCUCAAUUUUCUCACUGACAAAAUAAAGCGGACUCCCUCAGCAGACGUCAUUCAGAAGUGGAUUACUGAAGAUAAGCCUGAAGUCAGUGAGAAAAAGGGGGCCACCCCACUGAUGGAGAAGCAGGAAGAAGAUGAGUCUCUCAUUCCCCUGUUCCUCACAGAACUGAUUCUUACGGUUCAGUCACUACUUUUUGAGCCUUCUUUGGAAGACUUUCUGGAAGGCAUCUCGGGGGCAAUUAAUCAGUUCCAAAACACUGUGUUGUCAGUGCCUAACCUGGUGCCCGACACAUACUUUGACGCUUUCACCAGCCCGCUCAUCAACAAGAAGCUUGAAGAGAAGACCUGCGGCCCAGGGCCGAGCCUGUCAUCCGUGCUGGAGGACGACAGGAAUUUCCUCACCAUCAUCCUGCAAGUCAAGGAAACAAUCCACUCAGCGUUCGAUUCUGCACGCCUGUACGCAGCGACAUUUGAAAAGUUUCACAUAUUCUUCCGGGAAAAUGAGAGUCUUGAUCUGCAGGCGCUGAAGCAGCAGGAGCCUGAUGUCAAAUUCUUCAGUACCCAGCUGGAAAAGUAUCACAAACAGCACAAAGACUCGUUAGCCCUGAAGCCCACCCGAAACGUAGGCCUGUUCCUUAUUGACACCAAGCAGCUGAAGGAGAAGCUGAUCCCAUCACCACUGCGGUGCUUGGAGGUGCUAAAUAUUAUGCUUCCCUGUCUGAGCAAGAAAAAGGUGGAUGCCAUUAUUUCAGAGGCACAAGAUGCAGAGUAUAAACUCGAGUUUGUCCCAACUACUACCAUAGAAUAUGUUAACAGCUUAGUAUUCCUUGAUGAAAUCCAGGAGCGGAUUGAAAGCCUGGAGGAAGAGGCAAAUACAGUGAUUCAGAUGUACAAGCUCAUUGAACAGUAUCAGGUGGCCACCCCUCCUGAAGACUUUGCUGUUUUUGCGACAAUGAAGCCGUCCAUUACUGCCGUGCGGAACGCUAUCGACAAAUCAGUGGGUGAUCGAGAAACAAGCAUUAAACAGUUUUGUACGCACUUGGGUCGAGAUCUUGAAGAGCUCAACAACGAGGUGAAUGAGGUCAAGCUGCUGGCGCAGGACCCACAGAUCUUGGAUAUCAAUGCUGACCAGGAGAAAAUUAAAGUGAUGCUGAGUGAGCUGCAGUCCACCCUGGAUGACCUUCAGAAACGUGCCUUUCAGUACAAAUCCUACCAGAAGAAUUUCAAGGUGGAAGUGUCCAAGUUUGAUGCACUGGAAGAAGUUAGUGCUGAACUGAAGCUCAAACAGCUACUCUGGGAUUCCUUGUAUGAAUGGGACAAACUCCAGGAGGAAUGGCUAAAGUCCAAAUUUGACUGUUUGGAUCCAGAAGCCCUAAACAGUCAAGUUAGUAAAUAUGCUAAAUUUGUGACACAACUGGAGAAGGGCUUGCCACCCAACAAUGUGGUACCGCAGCUCAAACAGAAGGUGGAGAAAAUGAAAGAAAAGCUUCCUGUGAUCAUUGACUUGAGGAACCCCACCCUGAAGGCUCGGCACUGGGCAGCCAUUGAACAAACCGUCGACGCCCUCCUAGUGGACGUGGAAAUUCCACUGACCUUAGAGAGGCUGUCUGAACUACAUGUCUUUGAGUAUGGUGAAGAAAUCCAGGACAUAUCUGGACAGGCUUCUGGGGAAGCUGCCUUAGAGACGAUUCUUAAGAAGGUGGAAGAUUCUUGGAAAACAACUGAAUUUGUCAUUCUUCCUCACCGUGACUCCAAGGACGUGUUUAUCCUGGGUGGCACAGAUGACAUACAGGUCCUUCUUGAUGACAGCACCAUCAACAUUGCAACCAUCGCCUCUUCUCGGUACGUGGGUCCCCUCAAGGCUCGAGUGGAUGACUGGCAGAAACAGCUUUCCUUAUUUAAUCAAACACUGGAAGAGUGGCUGAACUGUCAGAGAAACUGGCUCUACCUAGAAAGCAUCUUUAAUGCCCCAGACAUUCAGAGGCAGCUGCCUGCAGAAGCCAAGAUGUUCCUUCAGGUGGAUAAGUCAUGGAAGGAAAUCAUGAGGAAGGUGAAUCGGUUGCCUAACGCACUUCGGGCCGCUACCCAGCCAGGGCUUCUGGAGACCUUUCAAAACAAUAAUGCAUUACUUGACCAAAUUCAGAAGUGUCUGGAGGCAUAUUUAGAGUCAAAGAGAGUUAUCUUCCCAAGGUUUUACUUCCUGUCAAAUGAUGAGCUCCUGGAGAUUUUGGCCCAGACACGAAAUCCGCAAGCCGUGCAGCCUCAUCUCAGGAAAUGCUUCGACUCCAUUUCAAAACUCGAGUUUGCCCUCAUGCCUCCUACAGAAGGGAAAAUUCCUGGCGUUGAUACCGAACCAGAAAAGGUCUUCACCAAUGACAUUUUGGCAAUGCUGUCACCUGAGGGAGAGCGGGUCGGCCUGGGGAAAGGCCUCAAGGCGAGAGGCAACGUGGAAGAGUGGCUCGGGAAGGUGGAGGAAGCCAUGUUCUCGUCUCUCCGCCGCCUGUGCAAAGCUGCCAUCGCUGACUACCAGGGGAAAUCCAGGGCCGAGUGGGUGAUCGCCGGCCACCCUUCCCAGGUGAUCCUGACUAUUUCUCAGAUCAUGUGGUGCCGGGAUUUGACUGAGUGUCUGGAGGGUGAAAGGGAUCACUUGGAGGCCAUGGAAAAUUUUGAAAAAGUCAAUUUUGAGCGACUAAAUGCCCUGGCUGCACUAGUUCGAGGCAGUCUUCCUAAAUUACACAGAAACAUCAUAACAGCAUUGAUUACCAUCGAUGUGCAUGCAAGAGAUAUAGUUACGGAGCUGGUUCAAACCAAGGUAUCCACAUCAGACUCCUUUGACUGGCAGAGACAGCUGCGCUAUUAUUGGGAUAUAGACCUGGACAACUGUGUGGCUAGAAUGGCACUCUCUCAGUACAGCUAUGGCUACGAGUAUUUGGGAGCAUGCCCGAGACUGGUCAUCACUCCUCUCACAGAUCGCUGCUAUCUUUGCCUCAUGGGGGCUUUGCAGCUCGACCUCGGAGGUGCACCUGCUGGUCCUGCUGGCACUGGGAAAACAGAGACCACCAAAGACCUAGCAAAAGCCCUUGCCAUCCAGUGUGUGGUCUUCAACUGCUCUGACGGUUUGGACUACAAGAUGAUGGGGCGCUUCUUCAGUGGCUUGGCACAGUCGGGGGCCUGGUGCUGCUUUGAUGAAUUCAAUCGAAUUGACAUUGAAGUCUUGUCUGUCAUCGCCCAGCAACUCAUCACUAUUAGGAAUGCCAAAGCCGCAAAGCUCUCCAGAUUCAUGUUUGAGGGACGGGAAAUCAAGCUGGUUAUGACCUGUGCAGCUUUCAUCACCAUGAAUCCCGGCUAUGCAGGCAGAACGGAAUUGCCAGACAACUUGAAAGCCCUGUUCAGACCCUUUGCUAUGAUGGUUCCCAAUUACGCGCUGAUUGCAGAGGUGAUUCUGUAUUCUGAAGGAUUUGAAUCUAGUAAAAUACUAGCCAGAAAGAUGACGCAGAUGUACAAACUCUGCAGCGAGCAGCUGUCCCAGCAGGAUCACUAUGACUUUGGCAUGAGAGCCGUCAAGUCGGUGCUGGUCAUGGCUGGAUCUCUGAAAAGAGAGAACCCAGACCUAAGCGAAGACGUGGUCCUGAUUAGAGCGUUGCGAGACUCCAACUUACCGAAGUUCUUAACAGAUGACGCCCUCCUGUUCAGUGGGAUCAUAUCUGAUCUUUUUCCUGGAGUCCAAAUCCCGGAACACGACUAUGGUAUUUUGCAAUCGACAAUUGUGGACGUCAUGACGAGACAAAACCUUCAGCCUGAGUUAUGUAUGGUCAAAAAGGUGAUACAGUUGUAUGAAACUAUGCUGGUGAGGCACGGCGUUAUGUUAGUCGGGCCCACAGGAGGUGGCAAGACCACCGUUUACCAAGUAUUAGCAGAAACUUUAGGAAAUCUGGAAAAACUCAAAACAGGCAAUCCCUUUUAUCAGCCAGUAAAAACCUACGUUCUUAAUCCAAAAUCAAUCACAAUGGGAGAGUUAUAUGGAGAAGUGAAUAACGUGACCUUGGAAUGGAAGGAUGGUUUGAUGGCACUAAGUGUCCGAGCCGCUGUGAACGACACUUCAGAAGAUCACAAGUGGAUCAUCAGUGAUGGGCCCGUGGACGCCCUUUGGAUUGAAAACAUGAAUACAGUGUUGGACGACAACAAGAUGCUCUGCCUGGCCAACAGCGAAAGGAUUAAACUCACACCUCAGAUCCACAUGCUUUUUGAGGUACAAGAUCUCAGGGUGGCAUCCCCCGCCACUGUCAGCCGAUGUGGAAUGGUGUUUGUAGAUCCCGAAGAACUCAAGUGGAUGCCUUAUGUGAAAACCUGGAUGAACAGAAUCUCUGAAAAACUGAAUGAGGAAACCGAAGAGUAUUUAUUGAACCUUUUCAAUCGUCAUGUUGAAGAAGGGUUGCAGUUUGUAAACAAAAAGUGCAGCCAAGCUAUCCCCCAGGUGGACAUCAGCAAAGUGACCACGCUUUGUUGCCUACUGGAGUCUUUGCUACUUGUCAAAGAAGGAGGUAUCUUGUCAUUGGAACAAAUGAAGCUGAACACUGUGCUGUGCCAGACUUUUGUGUUCUGUUACUUGUGGUCUUUGGGUGGAAACUUAACUGAAAAUUACUGGGAUUCUUUUGAUACAUUUAUUAGAUCACAAUUUGAUGACAAUCCUGAUGCCAGGCUCCCCAAUUCUGGAGAUCUGUGGAGCAUUCAUGUCGAUUUUGAUACCAAGCGUCUGGACCCCUGGGAGCGGAUCAUACCCACCUUCAGGUACAGCAAGGAGGUGCCGUUCUUUGAGAUGCUUGUCCCUACAACAGACACGGUGCGCUACGGCUAUCUCAUGGAAAAGCUACUGGCGGUCAGGCACUCGGUGCUGUUCACCGGCACGACUGGAGUCGGCAAGUCUGUUAUUGCAAAAGGCUUACUGAAUAGAAUUCAAGAAUCAGCUGGCUAUGUCCCCGUUUAUCUAAAUUUUUCUGCCCAAACUUCAUCUUCAAGGACGCAAGAGAUCAUUGAAUCAAAACUGGAAAGAAAAAGAAAAAAUAUUCUAGGAGCACCAGGAAACAAGCAAGUUGUGAUUUUUGUUGAUGACCUGAAUAUGCCCCGCCUGGAUCAUUAUGGCUCCCAACCACCUAUUGAACUACUACGGCAGUAUCAAGAUUUUGGCGGAUUUUAUGACAGAAACAAACUCUUUUGGAAAGAAAUACAGGACGUAACAAUUGUCUCAGCGUGCGCACCUCCAGGAGGGGGCCGCAACCCUGUGACACCCCGCUUCAUCCGACACUUCAGCAUGCUGUGCCUGCCCAUGCCCUCAGAGCACAGCCUGAAGCAGAUUUUUCAGGCUAUCUUGAAUGGCUUCCUGAUUGACUUCCCACCCCCUGUGAGGCAAACUUCGUCAAACAUUGUGGAAGCUGCAGUGGAGAUCUAUAACAGGAUGAGUGUCGACCUCCUGCCAACCCCGGCCAAGUCCCAUUACGUCUUCAACCUGAGAGAUUUGUCCAAGUGUGUGCAGGGUAUUCUCCAAUGUGAUCCAGGAACAAUAAGAGAAGAAGGUCAGAUAUUUAGACUUUUUUGCCACGAAUGUCAAAGAGUGUUCCAUGAUCGAUUAAUCAAUAAUGAAGACAAACACUACUUCCAUGUCAUUUUGACAGAAAUGGCCAACAAGUACUUUGGAAUUACAAUUGGUGUGGAUUACUUUUUAAACCGGCCCAUCAUAUUUGGUGAUUUCAUUAAGUUUGGAGCAGAUAAGUCUGACCGCAUCUAUGAUGAUAUGCCUGACAUGGAUAAAAUCAGGAAUGUUCUACAGGACUAUCUUGAUGACUAUAACCUGACAAAUCCUAAGGAAGUAAAGCUGGUGUUCUUCCAGGAUGCCAUAGAGCACGUGUCAAGAAUCGCACGGAUGAUCCGCCAGGAACGCGGCAACGCGCUGCUGGUCGGCGUGGGAGGCACCGGGAAACAGUCGCUCACCAGGCUCGCAACGCACAUCUGCGGUUACAAGUGUUUGCAGAUCGAGCUCAGCCGCGGGUACAACUAUGACAGCUUCCACGAGGACCUCAGGAAGCUGUAUAAGAUGGCUGGUGUGGAAGACAAAAAUAUGGUUUUCCUUUUCACAGACACCCAGAUCGUCGUGGAGGAGUUCCUUGAAGAUAUAAACAAUAUUCUAAACUCCGGUGAAGUGCCGAAUCUAUUUGAAAAGGAUGAGCUGGAGCAGGUUUUAGCAGCCACCCGACCAAAAGCAAAGGAAGCUGGAAUUUCCGAGGGGAACAGAGAUGAGGUGUUCCAGUAUUUCAUCAGCAGAGUACGACAGAAGCUGCACAUUGUUCUCUGCAUGAGCCCGGUCGGCGAGGCCUUCCGGUCCCGAUGCCGGAUGUUUCCAUCCCUGGUGAACUGCUGCACCAUUGACUGGUUUGUCCAGUGGCCCAAAGAAGCGCUUCUGUCUGUGUCAAAGACGUUUUUCUCAGCUGUCGACACGGGAAAUGAAGAGCUGAAAGAGAAGCUUUCCCUCAUGUGUGUGAACGUGCACCUGAGUGUCUCCCAGAUGGCAGACCGCUACUAUAGUGAGCUGCGCAGGCGCUAUUACACCACGCCCACCUCCUACCUGGAGCUCAUCAACCUGUACCUGACCAUGCUCACUGAGAAAAGGAAGCAGUUAGUCUCAGCCCGAGAUCGUGUGAAGAAUGGUCUCAGCAAGCUACUAGAAACAAAUGUAUUGGUAGAUAAAAUGAAAUUAGAGCUUUCGGCUUUAGAACCUGUGCUACUAGAGAAAUCACAAGCCGUUGAAGCCCUGAUGGAAAAAUUAGUGGUGGAUCAAGAAAAUGCUGAUCAGGUCCGUACUGUUGUACAAGAAGAUGAAGCAGUAGCAAAAGUGAAAGCUGAAGAGACCCAAGCCAUAGCUGAUGAUGCCCAGAGGGACCUGGAGGAAGCUCUCCCUGCCCUUGAUGCUGCCAACAAAGCGCUGGAUUCCCUAGAUAAAGCAGACAUAUCCGAGAUCAGAGUCUUCACAAAGCCCCCUGACAUGGUCAUGACUGUGAUGGAGGCCAUCUCCAUCCUCCUAAAUGCCAAGCCUGACUGGCCAACAGCAAAGCAACUUCUCGGUGACUCUAACUUCCUGAGAAGGCUUCUGGAGUAUGACAAGGAAAACAUAAAGCCUCAGAUCCUGGCAAAGCUUCAGAAGUACAUCAACAACCCUGACUUCGUGCCUGAGAAGGUGGAGAAGGUGUCCAAGGCCUGUAAAUCCAUGUGCAUGUGGGUGAGAGCCAUGGAUCUGUACUCCCGGGUGGUCAAGGAAGUCGAGCCGAAGAGACAGAAACUCCGUGCUGCCCAGGCCGAACUUGACAUUACAAUGGCUACCCUGAGAGAAAAGCAAGCAUUGCUGAGAAAAGUGGAGGAUCAAAUAAAGGCAUUGCAAGAUGAGUACGACAACGGCGUGAAUGAGAAAGAGAGUCUGGCAAAGAACAUGGCCCUAACCAAAGCGCGCCUGGUGCGUGCUGGAAAGCUGACAGCUGCACUAGGAGACGAGCAGGUUCGCUGGGAAGAAAGCAUCGAGAAAUUCCAGGAGGAGAUAGAGAACAUCGUUGGAAACGUGUUUAUAGCAGCAGCCUGCGUGGCUUAUUACGGGGCUUUCACGGCCCAUUAUAGGCAGAUGCUUAUAGAGUGCUGGAUCAACUACUGCCUAGUCCUGGACAUCCCAAUCGACCCCUCCUUCAGCCUUAUUAACAUUCUCGGAGAUCCUUACGAAAUUCGGCAGUGGAACACAGACGGCCUGCCCAGAGACUUGACAUCAACUGAAAAUGGCAUUUUGGUUACUCAGGGGAGAAGGUGGCCUUUGAUGAUUGAUCCCCAAGAUCAGGCCAACCGCUGGAUAAGAAACAAGGAAAGCAAGAGUGGGUUAAAGAUCAUUAAGCUUACAGACAGCAAUUUCUUACGGACACUGGAAAACUCCAUCCGACUGGGUUUACCUGUCUUGCUGGAAGAGCUCAAAGAAGUGUUGGAUCCAGCUCUGGAACCCAUUCUCUUAAAGCAAAUUUUCAUCAGUGGCGGAAGACUACUCAUCCGCCUUGGAGACUCAGACAUCGAUUAUGACCGGAAUUUCAGGUUUUAUAUGACAACGAAAAUGCCGAAUCCCCACUACCUGCCUGAGGUAUGCAUUAAAGUCACCAUCAUCAAUUUCACUGUAACUAAGUCAGGUUUGGAGGAUCAGUUGCUAAGCGAUGUGGUGCGACUUGAAAAACCUGAGUUGGAGGAGCAAAGAAAUAAGCUCAUUGUGAGGAUCAAUAGUGAUAAAAACCAGCUGAAAUCCAUCGAGGACAAAAUCCUGAAACUGCUCUUUGCAUCUGAAGGGAAUAUUCUGGAUAACGAAGAACUCAUUGAUACACUUCAGGACUCAAAGAUCACUUCUGGCGCUGUUAAAGCCAGGCUGAAGGAAGCCGAGGCCACGGAGGUGAUGAUCAAUGUGGCUCGAGAGAAGUACCGCCCCGUGGCCACACAGGGCUCCGUGAUGUACUUCGUCAUCGCCAGCCUCUCGGAAAUCGACCCCAUGUAUCAGUACUCGCUCAAGUAUUUUAAACAGCUGUUCAACACAACUAUUGAGACGUCUGAGAAGGCUGAUGACCUGCAGUAUCGCCUCAGCAUCCUGCUGCAGCAGACGCUCCUCACCGCCUACACCAAUGUGUCCCGGGGGCUCUUCGAGCAGCAUAAACUCAUCUACAGCUUCAUGCUCUGCGUGGAGAUCAUGCGCCAGCAUGGGCUGCUCACUGAGGCCGAGUGGAACUUCUUCCUGCGAGGGUCGGCAGGGAUGGAGAAGGAGCGCCCUCCUAAGCCAGAAGCUCCAUGGCUGCAUCUUCAAAUGUGGUUCUCCUGCUGUGACCUAGAAGAAUCAUUUCCAGUUUUUGAAGGACUCACAAAACAUAUACUGUUACACCCCAUUUGUAUACGCUUAGGAUCUUUUGAGACCUACAUUAAUCCACACCAUUGGGAAGGAUAUGUUAGAUCAAAACACGAUGAGGAGCGUUGGGGCGCACAGUUCCGCUCUUUCCAUAAGCUAAUUCUUAUUAAAUGCUGUAAAGAAGAAAAGGUGGUUUUUGCCCUUACAGACUUUGUGAUAGAAAAUCUUGGCAAGCAGUUCAUUGAGACGCCCCCGGUGGACCUGGCCACGCUCUACCAGGACAUGUCAAACAGCACCCCCCUGGUGUUCAUCUUGAGCACAGGCUCUGAUCCCAUGGGUGCCUUUCAAAGAUUUGCCCGGGAGAGCGGGUAUGCGGAACGAGUACAGUCAAUUUCUCUGGGACAAGGGCAAGGCCCCAUUGCUGAGAAGAUGAUCAAGGAUGCAAUGAAAAGCGGAAACUGGGUAUUUCUGCAGAACUGCCAUCUUGCUGUUUCUUGGAUGCUGGCAAUGGAAGAGCUGAUCAAAACCUUCACGGAUCCAAAUCAGACAAUCAAGGACACUUUCCGGCUUUUUCUAAGCUCCAUGCCCAGUCCCACAUUUCCUGUGACAGUUCUUCAGAAUUCUGUCAAGGUGACCAAUGAGCCUCCAAAAGGCUUGCGCGCAAAUAUCAGGCGAGCCUUUACUGAAAUGACACCGUCCUUUUUUGAAGAAAAUAUACUUGGAAGGAAAUGGAGACAACUAAUAUUUGGCAUUUGCUUCUUCCAUGCGAUCAUUCAGGAGAGAAAGAAGUUUGGCCCCCUUGGCUGGAACAUCUGCUAUGAAUUCAACGACAGCGAUAGGGAAUGCGCCUUGCUGAACCUCAACCUUUACUGUCAUGAAGGAAAGAUCCCCUGGGAUGCGCUCAUUUACAUCACUGGUGAAAUUACCUAUGGCGGGAGAGUCACUGAUACAUGGGAUCAGAGGUGCCUUCGAACUGUCUUGAAGAGAUUUUUCUCUCCUGAAACACUGAGUGCUAAUUAUAAAUACUCUGAAUCAGGUAUCUAUUUUGCCCCCUUGGCUGACAGCCUCCAAGAGUUUAAGGACUACAUUGAAGAUCUGCCUUUGAUAGAUGACCCAGAAAUUUUUGGAAUGCAUGAAAAUGCUAACUUAGUUUUCCAGUACAAAGAGACAAACACUCUGAUCACCACCAUCCUGGAGGUUCAGCCAAGAUCGUCCUCCGGUGGCGAGGGGAAAAGCAAUGAUGAAAUAGUCCAGGAGCUUGUUACUUCAAUCCAGACCAGAGUUCCAGAAUUCCUGCAAAUGGAGGGAGCUUCCGAAAGCCUUUUUGUCAAGGACCCUCAAGGCCGCCUGAACUCUCUGACCACCGUCCUUGGCCAGGAAGUGGACCGCUUCAACAAACUUCUGAAGUUAAUCCACAUUUCCCUAGAAACACUCAAAAAAGCCAUUGCUGGACUCGUGGUCAUGUCUGAAGAAAUGGAAAAAGUGUAUCAUAGUUUCCUCAACAACCAGGUUCCCUCUCUUUGGUCUAACACAGCCUACCCAUCCCUGAAGCCACUUGGAUCGUGGAUCAAAGACCUUAUUCUGAGGACUGAAUUCGUGGAUCUGUGGCUCAGAAGAGGACAGCCCAAAUCCUUCUGGAUUUCCGGGUUCUUCUUCCCUCAAGGAUUUCUCACAGGGACCCUCCAGAACCAUGCUCGGAAAUACAACUUGCCUAUAGACGAGCUGAACUUCAAGUACAACAUGGUCCCGUCUUACCGGGAUCAAGCCGCGGUGACAGAAGCAGCCAGGGACAUUCCCUUUGGAAAACAGCUGCCCAUGGACCUGGAGUUGCCCUCUCCUGAAGAUGGGGUUCUUGUUCAUGGAAUGUUCAUGGAUGCUUCUCGGUGGGAUGAUAUCGAGAUGGUCAUAGAAGAUGCACUGCCGGGACAGAUGAACCCCAUGCUGCCUGUAGUUCAUUUUGAACCACAACAAAACUAUGAGCCAAUCCCAACACUCUACCACUCCCCGCUCUACAAAACGGGGGCCCGGGCAGGAACACUGUCAACCACAGGCCAUUCAACCAACUUCGUGGUGACUGUCCUCUUACCCUCCAAGAGGCCCAAUGAUUACUGGAUCUCCAAGGGAUCAGCAUUGCUCUGCCAGCUGAGUGAAUGAACAGGAGCCAUGCUGGUCCGGAGCUCUCCCCUGAUGAGGAGAAAAUGGCUUCUGAUUUGACUUAAGGGUAGCAACUGCGGCUGUUAUUUCUCCCAUGCCUUAA